AUGGGGGGCAAUCGGAAAUCGAAUGCUUCGACGGCGGAGGCAGUGCUGCUGAAAGCGCUGGGCUUCGACAGUGACGAUGUGGUUGUUUCUGAAGACGCGCUUGGACAACUACAGGGCAUCCAUGGCGGCAAAUGUGCUGUGUCUUGGGAUCAUGUGUGUCGGCCAAAGAGGCAAGGAGGACUCGGCGUGGUCGACCUGUACAGGCGCGGGAUUGCCCUCAGAUUGCGCUGGGAGUGGUUGCGGCAUACGGAUGGCUCUAGGCCUUGGCAAGGUCUUAAUCUGUUUCCUGAUAAGCAAGUGGCCCAGGCCUUUGGCAGCAUGGUUAAGUGGAGCUUAGGAUCAGGAUCACAGAUUCUGUUCUGGAAAGAUGGAUGGAUAAACGGGGCCACGAUCAAGGAAAUUGCACCAUUAGUGCUGGCUAGAGUCAGAACCCAAGUGGCCAACAGGAGAUUUGCAAGAGAUGCGCUUCAAAUGCAUGCUUGUACAAAUGAUAUUGUUGGAGAUAUGUGCAUUGAAAGCUUGUCUCAGUUCAUCGCGCUCUGGGAGAUUCUUAUCGAAGUGGAGACCGACCCGGGCAGCGAGGAUAGACCGAUCUGGGUCUGGAAUGUGGAUGGAACUUACACGGCAUCAUCGGCUUAUAGGAUGCUUUGUGAGGGGCGCUCGUGCCCUCAAGUCGCCAUUUGUGCCUCCCAGCCGCUAGACACCUCUCCCGGCGCUUGUAGGCCUACUCGAACCCGGACCUGGCCCUCCCGGGACCACGCAAGCCGUGCCUCAAGCAGCUGCUUCUCCCAAGAUACCUCAUGCACAAGCGCCCGCACGCCCGAGACCACGCCGCUAGCCGUCGCUCCUCCCCCGACCUACACUGCGCCCUCGCGCCGGAGUCUCGUCGCCCUAGUCCGACGCCGCCGCAGCUCCUUGCCGCAUCGUGCCCCGGACAAACCUCGCCGCCACAUCCAAGCCUCCCCGGCCGGAGCUUUGCCCUAUGACCAUGGCGCCGAGCACCCUUUGCCCCGCCUCCUCCUGCGGCCGGUCCUCGCCGGAGCCUGUCCGUCUCGCUGGCCGCCGCCCAUUGUCCCUGGCCGCGUCGUCGCCCGCUGGCUCCCUCAGCGCCCAUUGUUGCAGCUGCCUACCCGAUCCAGGCCCGAUCGAGGAGCACAACGAGGUGCCCUCGCCGUCCCAGUCGCCCGCGUGGGCCAAGAUAGUCAGCCCACCUCCUCCACGGCUCGGCCUAGCCUCCAGCCGGCUUGCGACAGCAACACCAGGCCAGGCUCCAAGGCCAACUCGACCCCGCGCGUGGAGCACCAUGACCAGCGCCUAGGCACACCCGCUCGCCUCCUCGCCAGCCCAAGGCCACGCAGGCCCAACUCCGAGCCGCUCCAGUUGGCCCGUGGUUCUGAAAGGGGGAGAUGGCUCGUAGAAGAAAAUUCUUGGUUGUGUUGAACGUAUAGCAGAAAGCGUCAUGGUCUGGUGAUGUGGUGCUAGAACCCUAGGACAACACUGCUACGACAAUAUUCCUGUUUAACAUUGCUACUUGGAUCAUACAAUUGUCUUCUGUAUAAGGAUCAAUUGAAACACAAAAGCUUUGCACGUGCAAGCUUCAUAAAAUGUGACUGUAUUUUGCGCACAUAUUUAAAUGCACGUCUUUUUUUCUUGCAA